ACAUGCAAACUCCCCACAGAGAGCUCAUGACAAGCAGCAGUGGUGACAUACGUUUAAACGUUUGAAGUAAAAAACGUUGUGAUAUACAUUUUUAUGCCGUUGUUAUGCUGAGGAUUUAUCUGCGCUACUUCAAAAUAACACGCAAGUAAUUUGUGUUUGAAGGCUGAAGGCACAGGACCCGGAACGUUUCUUUUUGUCUUCUGAGUCCACACGGAUUGUUUUUAAGGUUACACCAGCGAGUUACCAAGUGCCUCCCUUCUUACCUGUGCACCCUUCAGGAUGGCGCAGGCAGACAGCAAGGUGCUGGUCCUGGGGGCUUUAGCCGGAGUGGCAGGCGUCAGUUUGGCCGUGGUGUGGUACCAGAGCUUCAGAUCGAGGCGAAGAGCGUCGUGUCCGGGGUACUACCUGAACCGCACCAACGGACAGGGGACUAGCAUGAUGCUGGUGGACGGUCCAGGUCUGCCCAGGGGUCAGGCCGAGGUGCUGGAGCGCCUCGAGGCCCUGAUCCAGUGCGUGUCCGAGCUGAAGGACGAGAUGAAGUCGCUGAAGAACGCUCUGCCGACGCUGCCCAACCAAGUCAGGGAGGAGCUGAUGGGACGCGAGGAGGCCCAUCGAGCAAGCACCCUCCACAGGACCACGCCCACACGGAGGAAAAGAGCUGCAGCAUCCAUCGCCGGGGCCGCAGCCGGGGGGCGGAGCUCAGAGGAAGCAGAGAGUGAGGGAGGGUAUAUGACCGCACUGACAGACUCUGAUGAAGAAGAAGAGCCCAGUGAUGCAGAACAGAGCGAUGAAGAACAACCCGUAGACACGCUCCGUGUUCUUCUGGAGAGGAUCGAGCUUUUGCACCAGGGUACAGACUCUGAAAAAAGAGAAAGUCUACAACUCCUUCUGGAGAACAGGGAUGAGUUUGGACAGAACUCAUUAUUUCUCUGGCGGCUGAUCCGAGCGUACUGUGAUGUCCAUGAUAUCAGCUCCACUCUGGAGGAGAAGAAGACCCAUGCAGAAACUGGGAAGAGAGUUGGUGAGGAGGCAGUGUCCCUGAACCCUACAUGUGCUGAAAGUCAUCAGUGGUACGCCAUCAUGUGUGGAAUAAUGGCAGAAUAUGACACAGUGCAGAACAAAAUAAAGAACGGAUACAUCUUUAAGGAUCAUCUGGAUAAAGCCAUUGAGCUGAAGCCACAAGACCCCUUGUCCUACUACCUGCUGGGCCGCUGGUGCUACGCUGUGGCUCAGUUGUCGUGGAUUGAGAGGAAAGUUGCUGCUACGUUAUUUGGAGACCCUCCAAGUGCCACAGUGGAAGAUGCACUGAAUAACUUUCUUAAGGUUGAAAACAUCCAGCCAGGAUAUUCCAAAGUGAACUACGUGUUUCUAACUAAGUGCUACAAAGACCUGGGUCAGAGAGAAAAGGCCAGGAAGAUGUGUGAAGCUGCGUGUUCCAUGGAUGCUGUGUCGAAAGAGGAUGAAGAUUCCCAGAAGGAGCUGGACGCGCUCCGCCCCGCGCUCGGGGUGUGACCACAGUGUGUGUGUGUGUGUGUGUGUGUGUGUGUGUGUGUGUGUGUGUGUGUGUGUGUGUGUGUGUGUGUGUGUGUGUGUGUGUGUGUGUGUGUGUGUGUGUGUGUGUGUGUGU